GUUGGAUUCGACUCGGUGAAGAAAAGGAGAUAAGGGAAAAAGAAUUGGCUAGUGCGAUGGUUAAAGUUUUGGUGAUUAUUCGUAAAGCGAAUCGAAUCGGCAAAGAAUAAAAGAAUUGAAGUGAUAGAAGUUUACGAGCGGUUCAGUCGGUCAGCGUGGAGAGUAGAAAGAAGAAGAUCGGUUAAACCAUGCAUGGCAAAAACAAAGGCUAGAAUGGAUUCUGUUAGAGACAGUAAUACUCGGCCCAGAGUUCUCCAACCCUCUAUGAUCACUUUGUUAGAGGAGCAAAAGAGCAGUUCCGGUGUGACGAGCAGCUAUGAAAAUGGUAUUGCGUACGAUAGUGGUAAGUCUGUACGGGUCUAGGAUUGAAAGUGGGGAGGAUAUCGCCGAGUACGGAGGUGCACCUGACCAGAUAUAUAGAGCUAGGGCAGGGCUUCCGUUACGUACAGUCCACGUAGUGUGUGCUCUCAAGAUAGACACGCAUCUCAGUGUGAUAGGCGAGUAAACAGGCUGUCAGUGCUAAGUUAAGAAGUUUCAAGAGGCAUUGCACUCAUUAGCAGGAUAAACAGAAGGUGGAAAGAAGUGGGGAGAAAAAGAGAGAGAGGGAGGAUCGAUCCUUUAGUUUCGAUUUUGUGCGGUCGAAAUUUCAAAACAGUGAAAGAAGUUGGUAUAAUAAAAGUCAGUGGAAAAUGAAAAACAUUGCGCAGAGACGAGCUGUCCUAUUUUGUCUUGGCCUCCUCCUCCUUACGAACAUGGCAAGGUCGGUCAAGGCGAACCCAACAUCCAACUUCGUCGAGGAAGAUACAGCUAGAUCUAGCAUGAACAGCUUCUUUAACGAGAUGCGAUACAUCUAUCAGAUUUAUAAGGAGUGUUCCGAAGAAGAGGUCAAUGUCAGUCCUUGCUUGAAAUUGAGGCUUCUUUCAGCUAUGGACAGGGUUUCGAGGAGCGCGCAGCUCGAUGUCACCGACGGUGUGACUUUUCUGAGGGAAGGAUCAGUUAAUGAGCAAGAAGAAGUAUCAAAAUCCUUGCAAGAAAUCGAAGCUAAUUUGCCUAGAGCUUUAAAUGACAAGGAAGAGGCUUUAAACGGCAUGAUUUUCGAUAGGAUAGUCAAGUUCAUUCAAAGUCAUACAUUGAAACUAAAACUGCCGAACGUCGAGGAACUUCAGCGAAGUUUCAGUGAAGAAGGUCGAAGGAAAAAGAAUAAAAUGAGCGGACUUCUGGCGAUUCCUAUGUUGAUCGGUGGAACUCUGGUACCUUUAGCUCUUGGUGCUCUGGCUCUCUUAGCCGGUAAAGCAUUGAUCGUCAGUAAACUAGCUCUCGUCUUAGCAUCAAUCAUUGGUCUAAAGAAGCUUGUAUCUAGUGGACACGAGCACGGACACGAGGUUGUGCAAGUAGCAGCAGGAGGACAUGGAUCCAGUGGCUGGGCGAGGUCGAGUCAUGAACUCGCAUAUUCUGCAUACAAGACAGAAACAAAGAAGAAGGAAGAGGAAGGUGAAAAAGUCUUCGAGGUCAUGGCGUUCCUGAUGGUCGCUUAUGGUGCUCCAACAACUCAGGAAGUCAUACAGAGUCCUUCGAUUCUUGAAGAGGCUCUUGACAUUUAUGCUUCUUGCUCGGGUGAAUCAGAUCUUUCCGUCUGUCUGAAGUUGAAGGCUUUACGUUUCGUCGACAGAGUAGCUAGGGCAGCUGAUAUCAAUGUCAUCGAUGGAUUCAGGAUCGUUCAAACCGAGGAAGCCAAGAGCAACAGCCGUAUCGAUAACGCAAGGUCAUUUAAUGAUAUCGAAAGUUCCCUGCCGAGUGAAGUUGAAGCCAAGGAAGCAGCGAUCGAUCAAGCUAUUGUAGACAGGGCAGCCAAAUUCCUUUCGACCCAUACUGUAGAACUCAGUCUUCCAGAAGAAUUCUCUCGUUCCUUGGACGAAGCUCGUGGAAAGAAGAAGAAGAUCGUGAAAUCUCUAUUGCCGAUCUUGCUUCUCGUUAAAGCAAAAGCAGCUAUUCUGAUCCCGCUUGCUCUCGGUGCCCUAGCUUUGCUUGCUUUCAAAGCCCUUGUCAUUGGCAAGAUCGCCCUGAUUAUUAGUGCUAUUAUUGGACUUCAAAAACUUUUAGCUAGCAAGAAUCAAAGCUACGAGGUUGUCGCUCAUCCGGUUCACAGCCAUGCUCACUAUGAGGCCGAUCACGGUGACCAUCAUGGCUGGGCAAGAUCCGCUGGAUCCGAUCUCGCCUACAGCGCGUACAAGCCAUCCGAAUAG